CCAUUCUACUCUACUUCGCUUUUGUAUUUUUCUUGAAGCUAAAUACUUCGGCAUAGACUUUGUGGUUAUUAAUCUUUGAUUGCCAUUAGAGAAUGGUUUCUUGAACUGAACAUGGAGGCAAUGAAGAACAUUUUUUUUAUUGUAGAGUUCCAGAGUGAAAGAAUUGGAUAAUCUUUGUUACUCAUUCUGUUUCCGUUAUCGACUGCAGGUAUCUGAAUUAUAUAUCAACAACUUCGUAAUCUCCCGACUCGUCUUGGCUCGAUACUGGAUUUCAAGAAAUAUUCAACCGUCGUCUGUUCACGUACACCGUGCACUUCAGAUUUUUCAGCUCGAAGGAUCUUGAAUGGGUAGAGAUUGGAAUCAAGAAUCUGUUCUUUUUGCAGCCUAAGGCGCUGGUAAUUUGGUUAUUGCGUGCCUUGUAGCCCACCGCCAUUACUAACCAAGCAAGCUAAGCCUAUGAAUUCUCCGCACACUUUCCCUUCUCUCCGCCACCAAACUUACCCAUCGUUUCCCUCAAAGCUACACAAAGAAUCGUGUGGUUUACCUUCCCUUAUAUAUGUAUGUGGUACUUGGAAUUGCCUUUCAAAUUCUCAUGGAGUCUGUUGCUUCGACUUCAUCUGCACCGGACCGCCCCCGUCCUCGUCUUCCUUGGUUCGAGCCCUCCCAAGCUAUGACUGCCCGGAUUGUUCGAGCUCUCCACCAUCACCUCCGUCUCCUACACCGCUCUGAUUCUUCGUUCUUUGUCUUGGGAGCCACAGGCAAUGUCUACAUUGUGUCUCUAUCCUCUACCCCCUCGUGCACUUGCCCCGAUCGUAUUACGCCUUGCAAACACAUGUUAUUUGUUUACAUUCGAGCUCUGGGUGUGUCACUGGAUGAUGUAUGUCUUUGGCGGAGAACGCUUCGACCGUGUCAAUUGAAUCGUUUGCUUACUGCACCUGUUAUGGCGGAAUCGCUUGCUGAAAUUAGUCUACGUAGAGUAUUUCAUCAACAAUUCUUUCAGGUAAAAGAAAGGACUUCUUGUGUACCUAUUGUAGAUAUUGAAGAUGGGACUGCAUGUCCUGUUUGUUUGGAUGAUCUAAAGAAGGACGAUCGGGUUGUGGCUUGUACGACAUGUCGAAAUCUCGUUCAUGAUGAUUGUUUCUCGAGGUGGAAACGAAGCAAGGGAAGGAGAAAUAUUAGCUGUGUAGUUUGUAGGGCAAGAUGGAAGGACACGACAAACGAACAAAAGUAUUUGAAUUUGUCUGCCUAUCUCGAUUAACACGAUGCAAUUGACAACAAUCGCUAUUAUAGCUAAACAGACACCAUAAGAUGUCUCGUAAUGAAACUAUUGAUCAGUGUUAAAUUAAAACAUUGUGUUUAUUGUUAAUACUUUUAAAGGUUAAAAAAUACAAUUAGCGUUAUUUGU